AACAUGGCGACAGAACAGACUGAAGAAAUUGAAGCGAUGGAAAAUUCGAACCGAGUUUCCCAUCCUGGGUUUAGCAAUGACAAAUAUUCUCUGCUUGUAAUUGUCGGCGAGCACAGUCGGCCCGGUCUUGUGGACUAUGUGGUUGCGGAGAUAGAAAGAGGGAUCCGCUCCUGGGAUGUGGACCUGACAGCCUGCAACCUGGACGAGCAGCUCAAGCUCUUUGUGUCACGCCACUCGGCCUCCUUCUCAGAGGAGCUCAAAGGUCAGAGGACGUUGCAGCACAGUGGAGAUGUUCUUGAGACCCAGGUGGUGGUGGACCCCUCCCAUAUGGGCGUCUGCUCAGAGGUGCGGAGGCUUAUUUCUGAUGUAUCUCGUCACAAGCUGCUGGUUCUAGCAGGACAGUGUGUGGAGGAGACUGGGGACCUAGUCUUACAGACAGGGUGCUUCUCUCUCCAUGACUUCAUUCAGAUCUUUGCAGAUGAAGAGAUUGGUGAGCUACUGAGCUCAGCAGACCCCACCCAAAGAGCUAGCCUUACUCUGUGCUGCCCCAACUCUGGGGUUUGGAAGAAUUCCGUGCUGGAGACACACAACCUGCAGGACUUCAUCGAGAUCAAGACUAACCCACCCACAGUGCUGCCAGAGAUGGAGGGCCUGCAGGAAUUCACAGAGUAUCUUUCUGAGUCCCUGGAGCCGCAGUCUCCCUUUGAUCUACUGGAGCCUCCCAGCACUGUCGGCUUCCUCAAGCUCUCCCGCCCUUGCUGCUACAUCUUCCCAGGUGGGAGAGGUGAUUCUGCCUUCUUUGCCGUAAAUGGUUUUAAUGUCUUGGUCAACGGUGGAUCUGACUCUCGCUCUUGCUUCUGGAAGUUGGUGAGGCAUUUGGACCGGGUUGAUUCUAUGCUGCUCACCCAUGUUGGUGUAGACAACCUGCCUGGUGUGAACAGUCUGCUGCAGCGGAAGACGGCAGAACUGGAGGAGGAGCAGUCUGCCGGCUCUCAGAGCAACGAAGACUGGAUGAAGAAUCUCAUUUCCCCUGAGAUUGGAGUAGUGUUCCUCAAUGCUCCAGACAGGCUGAAGAGGCUUCAGGGGGAUGCCAAAGUGCUGAGGAGCUCUGACCAGGCUGCGUUCACCUUGCAGCAACUGGAGAGGCUGAUGAUUACACCAGAACCACUUUUCCGCUCCGGCAACUCCAAUAUUGAUCCAGUCAUCCUGUUCCAGAAGAUGGGAGUUGGUCGCUUAGAGCUGUAUGUCCUCAACCCAGUCAAAGGCAGCAAGGAAUAUGAGGCCUUCAUGCAGAGCUGGCCUGGGAACAGCUCCAGCCUGAAAGGCUCAGAGGUCCCUUUGCCAUGCCUCGUCUCCAUCUGUGCACUGCUCGUAUGGCAUCCUGCUAGUCCUCAAGAAAAGAUUAUACGAGUUCUUUUCCCUGGGUGUACGCCUCAAGCCAAGAUCCUUGAGGGUCUGGAGAAACUAAAACACUUGGACUUUCUAAAGCAACCUGUAGUGAGCCUCAGGGAUCUUGAAGUAUCUAAAUCGGAUAAGCAACCAAAACGUGCAGAGAGCAGGGAAAGUCUGAAGUCAGCACCCAAGGACCCUAGACCUGGAAGCGCUGCGUUAAAGGAUAAACUAGGCCGUGGUGACAUCAAGAAGCAAGAUCCCAAGGGCAAGACUAAAGGCACUAAUGAUCUUACCCCAAAAGAAGGAAAGGAAGGUGAAGACAAAACAAAACCCAAAGAAGGUGACAUAAAACCCAAACCCGCAAAGACCGAUAAGGUUGUCACUAAGAAGGAACCUUUAAAGGAUGAUAAAAAGGAAAUUAAAAAGAGGGAAGAAAAGACCCCAGCAGUCGUUUCAAAGAAAGAGGAGAAUGGAGAGAAAAAGAAAGAAGUAGUGAAGAAGGAAUCUCCUUCUGUUAAAUCUGCGAAGAAAGAUAUUAAGCCAGAGCCAAAGAAAGAAGUCAAGAAGGACUUGAAGGCUGAUGAAAAGAAACAAACAAAGACACCAGGCAAGGAGAUCAAGAAAGCCACAGGAGGAUCUGUACCUCCAGUUUCUUCAGCCGCAGACACAAAGAAAACAUCUGGCAAGAAUGGGACUUUAAAGAAAGAUGGGACAGCCCUCAAGAAAGAAGUCAACAAUAAGGGGACAAAACCAAAGACAGGCAAAAAGGAGCAGGAGGGCCCAAAAGCACCUGGUGCCUCUGAAGUGGAUGCAGAGCGCUCCAAGAUGUCUACACCAGAGGACAUGACAGCAGACUUUGAGAAGCUUAGAGAGGAACAAGAGGAACAGGAUGGGUGCACAGAUGAAGGGAACACUAAAACUGAAAGUAAAGGGGUGGAGCUGGCGGCAUCUGAAAGCAUGGGAGACGGUCAUGAACUGAAUGGAGCAAGAACGGGAGAGGCGGAGAAUUUGGGUAGCCCAGAAAAAUUCCGCUGUAUGGAGACACUUGGCAAUCCUAGCAAAGUUGCUGGGCCUCCAUCCCCUCUGGCUAAGACACCAAAAAGUGACAGGAGUGUGAACUUUGACCUCACACCCACAGAGUACAGGUUGCUUGAUGGCGUCCUAAAGGAUGGCUUGAGGAAUGGACAAGAGGAUGCGUGUGCUAGCUCUGAUGAGAAGACCCUGGAGUUAGUGUCUCCCCCAGGCUCAGGCCCAAACAGUGCUGGACAUACCCCAUUCCACCAGUCCCCUGAGGAGGAAGGCCUGGGCUCUGGGGAGGACAGCAGCCUAGGGGCUAAAAUGUCUAGCUUGGGAUUUGAAGAUAGCAGACUCACAGGAUCCUGUAGGAACUCUGAAUCAGGGUGCCCAAAAAGUAACCCGGAGAACAACUCCUCCUCCUCCCAGGACAAGCACUCUAGCUUCCUGUCUUUGAGUCCCUUCAAGGACAUGCUGCCUGAUGUCUCCCCUACCAUCACCACCCCUUCCUUGCCAGCAGAAGUGGGUUCCCCACACUCCACAGAAGUUGAUGAGUCUCUAUCUGUGUCUUUUGAGCAGGUGCUUCCACCUGUUAGUGAAUCUCCAAAGGAGGAUAGUGAGCGGCUUUACUCAAAUGGACACUUUGUUGAUCCUGACCCCAAAGUAGGGAUGUCCUUGCCUUUGCGGACAUCUCAUAACAUCAGGCCACCAUGCGAUGGAUCAGAGGGCCGGCUCCCAGGACCACAAGGUCUCCUCCCAGAAAUUCCUCCCCACGAUGUUGACUUGUGUCUGGUCUCCCCCUGUGAGUUUAAGCACCCCAAGUCACCAGAGAACCAACUGCAUCAGCUCUCACCAGGCCUAGCUAACCCCAGCCCACGUGACAUCUCGGAGGAUAGUGACCUCUCCCAGGAGCUGGCGAAACCCCUUGCACAGCGCUGCAUGGGCAACGAUCGGCACUCGCCUCAGGGCCAGGAAACCCCGCCCACCUCUGCUAGCGAGUCACUCCCCACAGCUUCUGACUCCGAUGUUCCCCCAGGUACAGAAGACUGCCCCUCUAUCACUGCAGAUUGUGCUCUGGAUUCUGACGAAGACUCUGCUGGUCUCUUCCCUCCCCAGCAGCCACACGAUCGCCCUGACUCUCGCUCCUCUCACAGAGGGGGGCACCUUUCAGCUCAAGACCCUCCCCCAGCUCCUAUGAAGGACUUGCCCCCGCUGCCGUCCCAGCCAGGUGCAUGCAUGGCCGAUCCCGAGGCCGAAGCACAGGGCAAGAGCGCAAAAAGCCUGGCUGCAAAGUCCAAAAAAUCAGUGGGAGUUGCACAGCGGCCAGGCUUGGCCAACAGCGUAGUACAGAACAGCAAGGCAAAGUCUGGCACCCAGGGGAGUUCCAGUGGCACUGUAAGGCCAAGUCCCAGCCUUGACACAAGACCCCCAUCUCGAAGCACCACCACUAGCUCCAGGGCAGGGACUGCUCGGCCAGCCACAGCAGGCUCAGCGGGCAGCAAGGCGAGCGGGGCGGGCGGAGCACCGGUCUGCCUGGACCUGGCGUACCUCCCCUCGGGCCGCGCGGCUGCCACCGUCGACGUGGAGUUCUUCCGCCGCCUGCGGUCCUCCUGCUACAUCGUCAGCGGGGACGAGCCGCUCAAGGAGGCUGUCAUGAGGCCCAUCCUCGACGCGCUGCUGGAGGGCAAAACAGCAUGGCCUGGCGUGCAGGUUACCUUAAUCCCCACCUUCGACUCCCUGACGAUGCACGAGUGGUACCAGGAGACCCAUGAGAAGCAGAGGGAGCUGGGCAUCACAGUGCUGGGUAGCAACAGCACUGUUGCCAUGCAGGAGGAGACCUUCCCUGCCUGCAAGGUGGAGUUCUGAGAGAGAGGGAAAAGACGAGGAGACAUCAGAAGCAUGGAAACCGUUCCCUUUUCGAUCCACAGAGGCACCCCCACCUCCCUUUUCUCUUAAACUAACUUCCCCCCCAGCAACCCCGCCUUAUUACAGGCUUUUGUGAGAACAGUCACAUGCACCCCCCUACACCUCCCCACACACCCUGUCCCAGCCUGGGGUUCGGGGUGCACAGUACACACUGUAGACUGUAGGGUUGCGGGGUCCUCUGCAGCACCCGCUCAAUGCAAGGGGAGCUAGGCAGACACAAAGCGAAUAUCGCUACCCUUCUUUGCCAAGGGCAAAUCUAAUCAAACGGAAUCUAAACUAGUUUGGUUCCACGGCAAAAUUGUAAUAUCGGGGGUCCAUUCUCCAUUGCCAUGUAUGAAUGCUGCUCAUUUAAAAAUGUGUGAAUGCUUAUCAGGGGGUGAACACACACACACACACACACACUCACACAAAAACAGCAUUAUCAGUGCUGCCAUAUAUUCCCUGACAUUUUAAUUAAAAGGAUGAUCAAAAUGCUCCCCAGUUUCACAUUGGCAGGCAGCUGUCAUGUGAAUCCAUGAUUAUUGUGGCUGCGCUGGGCUAUAGAGACUGCUUUGGAAGGGAUCAUCGGAGGAGAGAGCUGCGGGGCCAUCUCGCAACCCUGUUCCUUGGCCCAAAAGGGACAGGGUUGAUGAAAUCCUGAAGGAUUUCUCUGUUCAUCAUUUCCUUUUUCACCCUUUUUUUACCCGUAUACUCAUUUGCACAGUUGCACAAUUGUUUGCAGAACCAAGGACAGAGAGGAAGUGAAGGUGUGAUUAGGCAUGUCUUUUUAGAUUGUCUUGCACCCUUACAAAAGAAGGGUCUGCUGAAAGUCAUUUAAUGAUUGUACAUCACUACGUCUAGCUGCAUGCUUUUGAAACGACUGCUUCACAUGGGUGGAUCAGUUGCUCAUGGUAAGGGGAACCUUGCUGAAAAAGGACUGGAUGUUUUUCUUCCAUUUUGCUUUGGAACGACUUAAUUGAGCCAUUGAGACUGUAUGUGUAGGCAUGUAGCUUGGCAGGAAUAAUCAUGACCUUUAAAGGGUACGACUAUGAGAAGCAAGCAUGUAAAUGAAGAAGGAUUGGGAAGUCAGCAGUGGAGCGAGGAACGACGUCCGUCGUGGCAGAGAGUGAUUAGGAUGAUAAAACGUGAAUGUUCGGAUCAAGUUUUGAUUGAUGAUCAAGUCUUUUCCUCUCACAAUGCGUGAACUGUUUACCACCACAACCAUUAGCCAACUUGGACAGAGCAGAAUGUUUAUGGACAAGAGGAAACUGAAGGUGGGCCUUUUUGAGAAAGUCUCUGCUAAAACCCACAAGCAGUGGUGAAACCAUGACACCCAAACUUAAAACCGCCUCUGUCUGCACUGCACCAAUGAUCAGUCUCAGAAUUCACCAAAAAACAGUCACAGGACCUGUUCCAAUGGGGUGAAAGUGUCAUAGUGGAGCAGCCGCUUACAGUAGACCCUCUGUGUCUGUGUGCUAUAUAUGGGACCACUAUUCGCCAUGUUGUCUUGUUUCUAGUUGUAGAGAUAUUGUAUGCACAUGCGCAGAAUGACUAAACAGUGAAGUAAGUUGGCUUUAUCUAGCUAGGACUAUGAUUCCUGUAAUUGAUCUCUUGGCAAUGUUGGACCUGGAAAGCUCUAGUGCCUGUGAAAAUAUGGAAAUAAUUACGCACAACAAAAAGUGCAGACAUAAAGAAAACAUCAAAUUUAUCCAACAUCACACUUUGUCACACCAAUGUCUUUGCCUGGUUUAUAGCUGUAGGGUGUAGGGGGCUGGUGCUCUGUGAAUUGUGGUCUUUGGCCUUGAGCACAUUGCAUACAGAAUUGUGAAUGCGCACUGGGGCUUUCCACACUACCACAACCACUGUCUGCCCUCGUGGCUGAGUCACUAUGGAGGUGUGUUUGGCUUCACCUUCUACCUUGCAAAACAUCAGCCAUUUGGUUUUUUGUAGGUUUUUUCUGAAAAAAAAAAUUUUGGAAGAUUUUUUUUUUUUUGUU